GAAGGGCUGUAAGCCCCUACAGCGUCACAAAACGUGUACAAACUAGUGGCGCUGUCUGUGUUGAUUAAAAUGUCCGAAUCAUGCAGCUUCAGGGCUGGACUGUAACUCGUCAGAAAAAAUAGAGAAAGAGGAAGGAAGACGUCCAGUGACUCGCAAUAAUAUGAGAUCUCGUCGCAGCGUUUGCAGAAAGUCCGUCCAGCUUCUCGGACCAGAAAGUGCGCGACGGUAGAGAGUGCACGGGAGUGUAAGCGAGCUGGAUUUUUUAACUCGUGUUCGCAUGUGACACAGAAAGAUGUUGCGUUUUCCUAAAGAAGGCCGUGCAACGACCGAAUGAUCAUUCUGCAGAGGGAGGGAGUCGGUACUCAUCGCAGAAACUGCGCCUGAAACGAACCUCGGGAACCAAAAGAAAAGAAGGCUUUGGUGAGCUGUGGGAGCGCCGAGGCCGAAUCGCGUCUGCCUUUCACACUCCGUGUUGAUCAGAACAGACUCUCCUCCUCUGCGGGUCUGAAAAUAUGAUGAUGUCACCGAGUCGCCGCUUUUUCUUUCAGACAUGGCGGAGCUGAAGUUUUCAAACUUUCCUUGAUGAUUAGGCCCAGCUGUCUCUGCUAAUGGAGCACAUCCAGGGAGCCUGGAGGAGCAUCAGUAACGGCUUUGGGCUGAAGGACGCUGUGUUCGAGGGCUCAUGCAUGUCCCCCACCAUCGGCCAUGGCUUCCCCUUCCAACGCCGCCCCUCAGACGAGUCCAACAAGGCCAGCAGCACCAUCCGAGUCUUCCUGCCCAACCAGCAGCGCACUGUGGUGAACGUGCGGCCAGGUCUCACCCUGCACACCUGCCUCAUCAAAGCACUGAAGGUGCGCGGACUCCAGCCGGAGUGCUGUGCUGUGUUCCGGCUCCACCCAGGACAGAGGAGGAAGACCCGGGUGGACUGGAGCACGGAUUCCGGCUCGCUGAUCGGAGAGGAGCUUCUGGUGGAGGUGCUGGAUCACGUUCCCCUCACUACACACAACUUUGUCCGGAAAACCUUUCUGAAGUUGGCCUUCUGUGAUAUAUGUCAGAAGUUCCUCCUCAAUGGCUUCCGCUGCCAAACGUGUGGCUACAAGUUCCACGAGCACUGCAGCACCAGGGUGCCCACCAUGUGUGUGGACUGGAGCAACAUCCGCCAGCUGCUACUCUUCCCUACUCCUGGAGAGAGUGGAGGGCCUGUUCCGCCGUCCCUAACCUCCCGCCGUGUUCGAGAGUCCCUCACCCGCCUCCCAGCCAGCCCGCAGUACAGACACUCGAAUCCCUACGCCUUCAACGACACAUCUCCCUACCCACCAUCAGGGGGCGCCCUCUCCCAGAGGCAGAGGUCAACGUCCACGCCCAAUGUGCACAUGGUCAGCACCGCCCUGCCUGUGGACAGCAGCAUGAUCGAGGAUGCCAUACGAGGUCAUGAAUCAGGAAGCCCCAUGAACCUGAGCCCCACAGGAUGGUCCCAGUCCAAGCCCGCCGUGGCCACGCCCAGGGAGCGGGGGUCCACCUCCGGCACACACAAACACGACAAAAACAAAAUCCGUCCCAGAGACAAGAGGGACUCCAGCUAUUACUGGGAGAUCGAGGCCAGCGAGGUGACGCUGCUGUCGCGCAUCGGCUCCGGCUCCUUUGGGACCGUGUACAAAGGGAAGUGGCAUGGUGACGUGGCAGUGAAGAUUCUGAAGGUGACCGACCCCACGCCGGAGCAGUUCCAGGCCUUCCGAAACGAGGUGGCAGUGCUCAGGAAGACCAGGCAUGUUAAUAUCUUGCUGUUUAUGGGCUACAUGACGAAGGAGAACCUGGCCAUCGUCACGCAGUGGUGUGAGGGCAGCAGCCUCUACAAGCACCUGCACGUCCUGGAGACCAACUUCCAGAUGUUCCAGCUGAUCGACAUCGCCAGGCAGACGGCACAGGGCAUGGACUACCUGCACGCUAAGAACAUCAUCCACCGAGACAUGAAGUCCAACAACAUCUUCCUGCACGAGGGUCUGACAGUGAAGAUCGGGGACUUCGGCCUGGCCACAGUGAAGGCCCGCUGGAGCGGCUGCCAGCAGGUGGAGCAGCCCUCGGGCUCCAUACUGUGGAUGGCUCCUGAGGUCAUCCGGAUGCAGGACGAUAACCCCUACAGCUUCCAGUCGGACGUGUACGCGUACGGCGUCGUCGUGUAUGAGCUGAUGUCUGGGGAGCUGCCCUACUCACAGAUCGCAAACCGAGACCAGAUUAUCUUCAUGGUGGGGCGCGGGUAUCUCUCCCCAGACCUCAGCAGGCUGUAUGAGAGCUGUCCCAAAGCCAUGAAGAGGCUGCUGGCUGACUGCAUCAAGAAGUCCAAGGAGGAGAGACCCCUCUUCCCUCAGAUCCUGUCUUCCAUAGAGCUGUUGCAGCACUCUCUGCCCAGAAUAAACCGCAGCGCGUCCGAGCCCUCCCUGCACCGCGCCUCUCACGCGGAGGACAGUAACUCCUGCACUUUGACCUCCAUGAAGCUGCCUGUCUUUUAGAUACGCCCUCCUCUCCCAAGGCCCGCCUUCCUGCUCCAAACUCCGCCCCCUCGGCCCAUACCCUGCCGCAACAGCCUGAACACACAGAGGAGCAGUGCUGUGCAGUGAGAGUGUGUGUGUGU